AUGGAGAAACUUCACAACCUCUCCCCUUUUGGAUUUGUGUUGCUGUGUUUUCUUUCAGCUUCCUUAGCCAUGCUCCCGACCAAUAUUACCACUGAUCAGUCAUCUCUUCUUGCCUUGAGAUCUCACAUCUCAUUUGACCCUCACCAAAUCUUGGCAAACAACUGGUCUGUCAGAUCUUCUGUUUGUGAAUGGAUUGGAGUGACCUGCGGCUUUCGGCAUCUCAGAGUGACCGGCUUAAGUAUUUCAAACAUGAAUCUUUCCGGCACCUUACCUCCACAAUUGGGGAACCUAUCAUUUCUUGUUUCGCUUGACAUGAGAAACAACAAUUUCCACGGAGAGAUGCCGCAUGAAAUUGCUCGUUUGCGCCGAUUAAAAGUACUUAAUUUGGGCAUCAACAAUCUCAAAGGAGAGUUACCCUGGUGGAUUGGUUCAUUUCCUAAACUUCGUCACUUGAAUCUUGGAAACAAUAGUUUCACUGGUCGUAUCCCAUCUUCCAUCUCUAACUUAUCAAAGCUAGAGACUAUAUAUCUUUCGUUCAACGCUCUGCAAGGAAACAUUCCCACGGGGAUUUUCAAUAUUUCCUCGCUGCAAAUCAUUCACCUUAUGGAUAAUGGCCUAUCCGGAGUUCUUCCAAGUGACAUGUGUUACCGUCUUCCGGGACUGAGUAUCCUUGACCUAUCAAUGAACAAGUUAAAUGGUCAAUUACCAUCAAGUGCUUUAGCCCAGUGUUCAGAACUUCAGGUGCUGUCUUUGUCUCUCAAUGAAUUUGGAGGUUCCGUACCAAAAGAAAUUGGAGAACUGAAGAAGCUUGAGGAGCUAUACUUGGGUAUCAACUAUUUAGAAGGUGAAAUUCCAAAAGAAAUUGGUAACUCAACUAUGAUGAAAACACUAGAUUUCAGAUCAAACAACUUAGCAGGUGUAAUACCACGAGAGAUUGGUAACUUGUACAUUCUCCAACACGUCAACAUCGAAUUCAAUAACUUAACUGGUUCCAUACCAAUAGAGAUCUUCAACCUCUCAAAGUUGAUUAUUAUGUCACUUACACAAAAUCAACUUUCAGGCAAUCUUCCAUCCACAUUCGGUUAUAGGCUUCCCAAUCUAGAAGAGCUUUACCUCAGCAUUAAUUCCUUCUCUGGAGUAUUACCUACCUCAAUCUCAAAUUCUUCUAAACUUCGUAGAGUAGAUUUUGGUACUAACAAGUUCACAGGUCCAAUUCCUACUUCCCUGGGGGACCUAAGUCUCUUGGAACUACUGAAUCUAUUCGACAACAAUUUAACGAGCGACUCCUCAUCUCAAGAGUUGAGCUUCAUCACUUCAUUGACAAAAUGCCAAUAUUUGUCAAUAUUGGUCUUGAGUGACAAUCCAUUCAAUGGGAUCAUUCCAGACUCGGUUAGUAAUCUUUCAACUUCCCUUCAAAUGUUAUCUGCAUCAGAUUGUAAAAUCAAGGGCAGCAUUCCUGAUGGAAUUGGAAACUUUAGUAGUUUGAUCCAGUUAGAUCUAUCCAACAAUGAGCUAAAUGGGUCGUUGCCAGCUAGGAUAAAAGAUUUACGAAAGCUUCAAGGAAUGGAUCUUAGUGUGAACAAACUAAGCAACGUGCCCCUAGAGUUUCUUUGUGCUCUCUAUGACUUGGCUACAAUAGAUCUUGGACAAAAUCAAAUUAUGGGCUCAAUACCAAAGUGCAUGGGAAAUUUAACUUCCCUGAGGAAUCUUAACCUAAGUCACAAUAGACUAAAUUCUUCCCCACCUGUAGAAAUAUGGAACCUGAAAGAUCUCUUAGAGCUUGACCUCUCCUCAAACUUGUUGAGUGGAUCUCUGCCACAAGCAAUUACGAAUAUGAAGAUGGCAAAUUGGGUAGAUUUGUCAACCAAUCAGUUCUCGGGUGCCAUUCCUGAUACAAUUGGAGAGAUCCAAAACCUGCAAAAUCUCUCUCUAGCACACAACAGAUUGCAAGGAUCAAUCCCAGAGUCAAUGGGCAAGAUGUUAAGCUUGGAGUCAUUGGAUCUAUCGCAUAACUUUCUCUUUGGAUCGGUUCCAAUGUCAAUGGAGAACCUUCGGUAUCUUAGACAUUUCAAUGUCUCUUUUAACAAUUUAAUUGGUGAAGUUCCUUCCAGAGGGCCUUUUAUCAACUUCACUGCCGAAUCCUUCAUUGCAAAUCAAGCACUGUGUGGAGCUCAAAGGUUUCAUGUGCCUCCAUGCCCAAAUAUUUCAGCUCAUAGAUCGAGAACAAAAAAAGUGCGUCAAACGAUUUAUAUUCUUCUGGGGAUGAUAAUAGCAAUGGGAGUCUUGUCCUUUGGACUUUUUUACCUAAGGUAUGGAAAGAAAGAUGGACUUUCCAGUGGUGCAAAUUUAUCCUUAAUUGCAAUGCCAGAAAGAAUUUCAUAUUUCGAACUUCUAAAAGCAACUAAUGGGUGA